GAAACCUGGGCAAAUAGUACAUUCUGUUCCCUGAGUUUUGGGUCAUUACUGCAUGAAAUUAACAGCGUUAAAGAAGGAAGGGACAGGCUGUAAAAUUUGGACAGUGUUGGCUUAGCAGUACGAUCUGUCAUCUGCGCCGUCAAAUACUCAUCAAAGCCGAGAAGCGGUCUAGUGUCGCUGUAUCGGCCCUGUCCACGAGUAGACGACCAUUGGAAACCCCACCUUUAGGGGUUAAAUACACGUUCACAAGGAUUGGUUUCUAAAACUGUGAAGUAAAGGAAAAGUCAACAUGAUCACAAGGUUUAGCUGUGUACUAUUUCUUGCAUUAUCUGGCGUAUCUUUUUUAGAUGCACAGAGAACGUUUGGAGGUGCGUUUGAUGGUGGUGAUUUUUUGAACGUCAACAAUGCUGGCAACGAGCCGACGUUACGAGGAUUUGAUCCAAAUAUGAGAAUUCCAAGAUUUCAAAACCGUCGCUUAGGUGAAUUACCAAGACCAUUACAAAUUGAGGUUAUAAAUGCACUGAUUGCAAAUGGCGUGAGAGGAAGUCGUGUAGGCAAUGGAUUCGCUGGGGGCAUUGGAGGUGCUAAUGCUGGUAUCAAUACCAGACGGUUCACUGUAAACGGUGCUCAAGGUCGUACCUUUGGAGUGGACACUCUUACAGCUACCGGUGUUAACGGUGGCGGAGUAGCAGGUCGUCGAUUUACGGUCAAUAACCGGUUUGGAGAUUCUCUCUCUACAACAAGAAUAGGAAGAAUUCCACCAGGAACUGGUGGUCAAACGAUAGACCUAGCUGCCACACGGGCAUCAGGAAGGAUUGGAGGGAGACCAGCCGUUCGUACAACAACACGAAUUACUGGUGGUAUGCCUCGCAGUGGUAUUUUGGGAGGCUUAGGUGGUAAUGUGGAUGACUUGUUCUUAGAUCCUGUUUCUGGGAGAAGAGUAUUGGUUCGUCCAAUUGGUGUUGCUAAUAACCUAGUCAAUCAAAGAACCAAUGGUGAUGGUGGUAUCGGAGGCGGAUUUACAGACACAGCUGGAGGAAACGGAUUCCGAAGAUUACCUACAUCCACAUUCGCAGGUGGACCACAAACAAAUCUCAGAAGAACACAGCUACCGAUCUUCCCACCCAGUGGAAUGGCAGGAACAGUCCGUAAUACAAACUUCAACAGGGGUUUUCCUAACGACAGAGUCUCGCCAUUUCCAUUCAGUGGAAUGCAAACCGAUAUAAUAAGUAACAAUGUGGCACCACAGCCAAUUGCUCUAAGCUCUUUGGAACCUUUUUCAGAGAAUUUCAUGGCAAGACAGCCAUUCAACUUCCCUCCGCCAGGUUUUGAUGCUGGACGACCAAGAGUCCCUCCUGCUCGCCCACCCCCAGGAUUAGGGUCACUCCCGGGACCAGAGUCGCCACCAGGGCCCGGGCUAACCUUUCCUCGUCAGCCACCUGUAGAUGCUAACCCAAGCACGACUUCCGGUACAUCAGAUUUUAGUAACUCACUCACCUUUGAUUCCGUUAAUCCUGCAUUAUUCAGCUCAGGCCCGGAUACCACAACAGUUGACUCUGACAUAAGAUCUAUAGCACUUCCUCGUGCAACAAUAGACAGAAUACCAAUUACCCCUACAAUAAGAAGAGGAUCCAGAAUCAACAUCAACUUGCGACCUUUACGACCUGCUGGUGGAACUGCAGCUGCCAUAAAUGGCAUGACACGAUCGAGAGGAUUUAAUGUUGAUGGUAACGUGGAUAUCGACAUAGGCGUGCCCACCUCCAUCAAUAGAGGCCAGGGGUCAAUUGGAAUCGACAUACCAGACACGAGGGCAACAAUCGACAUGACAAGUCGAGUUCCUGCCACAGCUUCCAGAACGGAAACCACAAGAACAACCACCAGAUUCACAGGAGAUACGUCUGGUGUUGCAGGAAGUAGGAUAGAUCCAAUAGACAAUACAAUAGACGGAAGUGGACUAGGAGUUGAUACAUCUGCUUCGUCAGUGAAGACAACUUCGAUAAAGAAAAUAGGCGUAGAUGGAGUGACCGAUGUUGGCUCUUCAGGUACAAUAACUCGUACAACCACUACAACAACAAGACGACUUGCUGAGGCUGGUAUAACCGGGGAUUCUGCUCUUUCUAUUGAGAAACAGUUGAACGCAAUUGAACAACAGUUAGUGGCUGCAGCUGGAGUAGACAGACCUGUUUUUGCUGUUAUCCCAAUGAAUGAAAAGGCCAAUCAAGCAGACUUCAAUGAAUUCCUUCGAAAUAUGACGAAUGCAAAUCAAGUAAAUAUAAUUAAUAGAAAGUCAACAACGUCAACUAAUACCAUAGACAGUGGAGUAGGAGUCGACAACUCCAUGGGAGGAAUGAUGGCGGUAGAUGGCAGUGUGGGUAAUGGAGCUGCCUUGGAUGGUUCAUCAAGUAGCUUUAGUAGCUCAUUCGAGAGUUCAAGUUCAAGUUCUAGAACAUCUACAAGUACAACAACCUCCGGAGACACAUCAAUGACUGGUAACGGAGGAGCAGGAUCUGGAGGAAUGAGAAAAAUUAAGAAAACCACCAUCAUCCGACGAACAUCGCCAACAGGAAACACAGGCACAACAGACGUCGGUUUUGAUGGAUUCGGGAGUGAUGUUGGCGGAAGUAUGAGUUCCUCUUUCGUCAACGAAGGUAUCGGAGGAGAACGUUUUACAUCAGGAGGAAUGGUUUCCUCAGGAACCAUGUCUGAUGGAUCCGGAAUAAUUGACACUGGUUUAGUAGAUUCCGGUCCUGUAGAUAUAGGUGUUUCUGGUUCCCUCACAAACGAUGUUUUCCCAACUGAUUUACCUGCAAUGAGUGACGUCACAUCCAUGCCUGAUCCGAUGCCAUUGUAA